UGUUUAUUUCUGAGGACGUACUUCUGCACUGUCCACAAUCGAUUCCAGAAAAGAAAAGAUAAUUUAGCUAGUUUUGGUACAUUUUUUCGUUCUGGCCUGUCCGUUACCAGGUCACUGAAAUGGCAUCCUCGUCGAAUGUUAGCGGUAAUUUAGUGGAUGAGCUCGAGGAAGCCUUUCAGUCAUGCAUCCAUGCACUAACAAAGGAAGAAUCCGCUACCGGUAUCGAUAAGGAUGAAAUUAAGGUAGAGGUCGAUCAAACCACACUCAAGUUUAUCGAUCUGGCCCGCCAGAUGGAGGCAUUCUUUCUGCAGAAACGCUUUCUCCUGUCGGCCCUCAAACCGGACCUACUUCUGAAGGAGGAAAAUUUUGAUCUGAAGCAAGAAAUAGGUCGCAAAGAUGAGCUGAUACGCAAGCAUUACGAAAAAAUAGAAUCGUGGAAACAGUUGCUCUCGGAUCAGCAAAACUUUAACAAACCUAUACAAUCGAUGCCACCGGACAUGCGGGGCAAUCUGGCGGGUGGUGCACCGGGGGCACCCGGAGCAGCACUGAUGGCAAGCGGUGGCAUGAACCUGCCAAUGCAGGUGAGCAAAACAAUGCAAAAUCAACACCAACAGCAGAUGCAACAGAUGCAGGUCCAACAGCAACAACAGAUGCAACAGCAAAUGCAACAAUCCAUGCCGAUGGGUGCAUCAAACGCUCAGCUCUUUCAACAGGGCGGUAUGCCGCGCGGUGUUGGGCCGGCAGGUUCGGGGGCCGGAUUUCCACAGGGUGCCGGCCCGAACUUGCAGGGCCCGUUAGCAUAUUUGGAGAAAACGGCUAGCAAUAUAGAUCUAGUGGGUCUCGGCGAUGGUCGAAGGUGACGCGGGCGGGGCAGGGGACGCGGUAGAGGUCGAGGCCGAGGAAGAGGUCGUGGACGUGGUAGUGUGGCCGAGUUUCACAGUGGCCCACUAACCUGAGGCUGGGAC